AUGGACGACGAUUCCUUCAGAGCCUUCCUGACCGGGAUCUUGAGUGUAGCGGUUUGUCUCAUAUUGCCAGCGUAUAUUGCCUAUUCUUCUCGUGAAGUGCCAAAGAAGACUGUCGUCAAAGAGAAAUCGAAUUCUGUUAGUGAAGGAGAAUCAUCAUCAUCAUCAUCAUCCAAAGCAGCAGAACGAUCCGUAAGCGACACCAAAAAACCAAGCAGCAACAGUAACAACAACAAAGAGAGUUUCAACAAAAUGUCAGAAGAACAAGUCACCCAAGGCCGUCGUGCCACAGAGGCUCAAGGUCCGUCCAUGGACAUGAAUAAGAAACAAAUUGGCGGAGAUUCCUUUGUCCAACGUACCAAGAAUCCCGAAUGGUUGAAGACUCGCAAUGACAUUAUUGAAAAGAUCAAGGCCCGCCGUGCCGAGGAAUUUUCCUCCAAGAAACCAGUGGACAUCACCGUCACCAUGCCGGACGGAAAUGUAUUGGACAAGCAAAAGGAUGGAACCCCCUUUCAAGCCUGGAAGACUUCGCCUUACGAUGUGGCAGUCGCCAUUAGUCAAGGAUUGGCGGAUGCUUCCAUCGUCGCGAGAGUCACCUACGAAAAAUAUGUGGACGAUUACGAUGCCGUCCAAGACGGGAGUGCCGGAGCGGAUAUCAUGGAAUUGGAAGAAGGACAUGAAGAAGAGGACACCAGCUCGGAAGACAAAUCCAUGCUGUGGGACAUGACUCGACCGUUGGUGGGACCUGUUUCCAAAUUGGAAUUCCUCAAGUUUGACGAUCGUGAUGCCAAAAAUGUCUUUUGGCAUUCGUCUUCCCAUAUCAUGGGAGAAGCCUUGGAACGUCUCUUUGGUAACAAGCUCACAGUUGGACCUCCUCUGGCCAAUGGCUUCUUUUACGAUUCUUACAUGGGCAAGGAUAAUCUUCGAGAAGAUGAUUACAAGUCAGUGGAACAAGAAGUUGGCAAGAUCGCCAAACAGAAGCAAAAAUUCGAACGUGUGGUCAUUACCAAGGACGAGGCAUUGGAACUCUUUGCCGACAAUCCCUUCAAGGUGCAAAUUUUGACCAACAAGGUUCCGGAUGGGAGUCGCACCACCAUUUACAGAUGCGGAGACUUGAUUGAUUUGUGUCGGGGUCCUCACAUUGCCCACACUGGAAAGGUCAAGGCCUUUGCGGCCACUCAAAUCUCGGCUACCAACUGGUUGGGGGAUACCGACAAUGAUUCGCUUCAACGAAUUUACGGUAUUUCCUUCCCGGACAAGAAACAACUAAAGGUUUGGAAGGAGAAUAUGGAAAAGGCCAAAGAACGUGAUCACAGACGCAUCAUGGCCAAGCAAGAGCUGGUCUUUUUCCACGAACUAUCUCCCGGAAGCGCCUUUUGGCUUCCACACGGAAAUCGUAUCUACCAAAAGCUCAUUGAAUUCAUCCGAAAACAAUACUGGGACCGUGGAUACGAUGAAGUCACCACACCAAACAUGUUCAACCUCGACCUGUGGCACAAAUCUGGUCACGCCAUGCAUUACAAGGACAAUAUGUUCUGCUUUGACGUCGAAGGACAAGAAUUUGCCAUGAAACCCAUGAAUUGUCCCGGUCACUGUCUCAUGUUUGACAGCCGGAUUCGAUCCUACCGUGAUUUGCCACUCCGAUUGGCCGAUUUUGGCGUCCUGCACCGCAACGAGCUUUCGGGGGCCUUGACUGGACUCACCCGGGUCCGGCGGUUUGCCCAAGACGAUGCCCAUUUGUUCUGUCGGGAGGAUCAAAUCACAGACGAGGUCAAGGCGGCUUUGGAAUUCAUGAAGUUUGUGUAUGAUAUCUUUGGCAUGACUUACAAGUUGGAACUUUCCACUCGGCCGAAGAAGGCUCUGGGUGAAAAGGAACUCUGGGACAAGGCAGAAGCGUCCCUGGCACUUGCCAUGGAUGAAUUUGCUGGAAAAGGAAACUGGAGAGUCAACCCUGGCGAUGGAGCCUUUUAUGGUCCCAAGAUUGAUAUCAAGGUCAUGGAUGCCAUGGAGCGUAUUCACCAAUGUGCUACCAUCCAAUUGGAUUUCCAACUCCCAAUCCGGUUUGAUUUGAAAUAUACCACAGAUAGCAAGGAAGAAGGAAAGCAAUUUGCGAGACCAGUCAUGGUUCACAGAGCCAUGCUGGGAAGUGUGGAACGUAUGUUCGCAGUUUUGUGUGAACACUGGGGAGGCAAGUGGCCUUUGUGGUGCAGUCCAAGACAGCUCAUGAUUGUCCCUGUCCAUGCGCGAUUCAACGACUAUUGCGAGACUGUACGAGCCAAGUUCCACAAGGCUGGCUUUUACGUGGAUGUCGAUACCUCCAAGAACACAUUCCAAAAGAAGGUUCGUUCAGCCCAACUAGCGCAAUACAACUACCAACUUGUUGUGGGAGAAACUGAAGAGACCAACCAAAGUGUGAACGUUCGUAAUCGUGACAACGAGGUCGAAGGUGAGAUCAAGGUUGAUGAACUGGUGGAGAAACUCUUGACUGCUGUAGCGGAAUUCAAAUAA